GUGUGCGAUUAAAAUCCCCCCGUUCUCCCCCACCAAAACCGAGUUCCAUCACUCCCUGCCAUCUUCCGAUAUCCUCAUCGCGUUCGUUCCUUAUCUUUCGCCCUUGAUCACUGGUUUGGAACUGUGCUCCAGUUGAAUGUACACAAAUUGGCAUCAAGUAUCAAGAGAAAUGGGUUUAGGCAACCUAAUGACGAAUGUCCAUGGUUCAAAAGCAUUGCGAGACACCUCUGCGAUAAGUGUUUCUGGCAGACCCUUUUACCUUCAGAGUAGAUUUUGCAGCCACCAUUCAAGAUUCGAGCAUAAUUCCAUUUUCAACUUUCUGGGCGUUCCAGCUGCUCUCGAGUUCAUCGACCACCAAGCCCCAUUUCUCUAUUGGUUGGGAAGAAGGUUCACCACCCCCCAUAGAAAAGGAAUUCCGGUGAUUGACCACAUUUUGAGAUGGCUACACAUGUUGCGAGGGGGCAUGGAGGAGACGGCGGGGAACGACCUCCACAUAAGCGUGCAUGCAAGAUACCGAUGGGUUGCCAAUCUUCAAACCCGAUGCGUCGACGUGGAAAAGGAAGAUGCUUAA